CGCGAUUGCGCCCCACCGUCCCGUCCCAUACCGCCAGUCAAUUUGCUCUCUACGUGAGCUUGAUGUCUGAGGCAACGCCGCUCACUCGUGAGCCCGACCUAUGGUUCAAAGACGGCAACCUCGUUAUCCAGGUUUUCCCGCGCCUCUUCCGCCUGCAUCGCGGCGUCCUCGCCUCUCACACGAAUUUCUUUCGCGAUAUGGUCCAAUUUCCAGAAUCUAGUGAGCAGGACAUGUAUGAUGAAGUGCCGCUUGUCAUUCUUCAUGACGAUGAUGCCCGCGAUGCCGUGCACUUUUUCAAAGCGAUCUAUGUAUUCCAUUACUUUCUGCCUCCCCCCGCAAAGACGACCCUCGCGAUCAUUGAAGGGGUCCUCCGGCUAUCGCACAAAUACGAUGCUCCUAUGCUCCGACGUUGCGCCCUGCAGCACUUGUGUGUCACGUUCGUGACGGACUUACCCGACAUGCGCCACGAUCCAUACCGAACGUAUCUGUGCGACGACGAGAGCGAGGAGUUGGCGGAAUUCAAGCUGUCGUGACCCUAGCACAAGACGUUCGUGCCACAUGGCUUCUGCCUGUGGCUUAUUGCUAUGCUGGAAUGUCGAUCGGCGAUGACGGCGCUCGAGAACUCUUCUCUGCCAGUAGCUGGGUUGGUAGGGAAAGGAAGCUAUCGCAGGAUGACUUCUUCACUUGCCUGAACGGGCUUGAAGGCCUCCGCAAAGAACUACCAGUCUCGAUCUUCACUUCGCACACUCUUGGGUGCAGGAGGCAUGCUUGUCUAUUCGCCAGACUACAGCACAUCAGUCAGGA